AUGAAAUACAUCCUCGUCUCUGGUGGAGUAAUCUCCGGAAUCGGAAAGGGCAUCACUGCGUCGUCAACCGGUCUUCUGUUGAAGACUUUGGGCCUCAAGGUCACCGCCAUAAAAAUCGAUCCUUACAUCAAUGUCGAUGCCGGCACGAUGGCUCCGACCGAGCACGGAGAGUGUUUCGUGUUGGACGAUGGCGGUGAAGUCGACCUCGAUCUUGGAAACUACGAGCGAUACCUCAACAUCACCUUGACCCGAGAAAACAGUGUCACAACCGGAAAGAUGUACCAACAUGUCAUUGAGCGGGAAAGACGUGGUGAUUAUCUGGGCAAGACUGUUCAGGUCGUCCCACAUGUCACAAACGCUAUUCAGGACUGGAUAGAAAGAGUUGCAAGAGUACCUGUGGAUGAUACAAAUGAACAACCAGAUGUCUGCAUUAUCGAGCUUGGUGGUACAGUUGGUGAUAUUGAAAGUGCUCCUUUCAUUGAAGCCAUGCGCCAGCUGCGACGACGUGCUGGCAAAGACAACUUCUGUCAGAUUCACGUCUCGCUCGUCCCGGUCAUUAGUGGAGAACAGAAGACAAAGCCAACUCAACAGGCAAUCCGAGAUGCACGUUCAGCUGGUCUAUCUCCGGACUUGAUUGCAUGUCGAUGUCAAGAACCUCUCAUCGAAGCCACAACCAACAAAAUCGCACUUUUCUGCCAGGUUGAACCUGAGCAAGUCAUUGCGGUUCACGAUGUCUCUUCCACCUACCAUGUACCUAUGCUUCUAGAAGAACAGGGUCUUCUCAGCCAGCUACGAGAACUAUUCCGAUUAGAGGCUUAUCCAAUUUCACCUGCAUUGGUUACUAAAGGCCAAGCAAUCUGGCAAGAGUGGAAGACGUUGACUACAUCACAAGACCGAUUCCUCGACAACGAAAAAGUCACCAUUGUCUUGGUUGGAAAGUAUACGAACCUGCAUGAUUCGUAUCUCUCCGUCAUCAAGUCUCUGGAGCACAGUGCAAUGGCAUGCCAUCGAAAAUUAAACCUCGUUUGGCUUGAUGCCAGCAAUCUAGAGAAAGCAACCUUGGACUCAUCCCCGGAAUCAUACCACAAAGCAUGGCACGAGCUCUGCACAGCCGAUGGUGUUCUCGUUCCUGGAGGGUUUGGUUCUCGUGGCACGGAGGGCAUGGUGGCAGCUGCACAGUGGGCACGUACCAAGCCGAAGCCGUACCUAGGUAUUUGCCUCGGUAUGCAGAUAUCUGUCAUCGAAUUCGCUCGAAAUGUUUGUGGACUCAAAGAAGCAUCUUCCGUGGAACUAAAUGCCCAGACAGCCGAUCCUGUUGUUAUCUUCAUGCCAGAGAUUGACAAGGCUACCAUGGGAGGUAACAUGCGACUAGGACUCCGACCGACCCUGUUUCAAGAAGACACAGAAUGGUCUCGCCUACGAAAAUUAUAUAAAAACGAACCUAGCGUUCUUGAGCGCCACCGUCACCGCUACGAGGUCAAUCCAGAGUACAUCGAACGUCUAUCUGAGGCGGGUCUAACAUUCAUCGGCAAGGAUGACAAAGGGGAGCGGAUGGAAAUUGUCGAGUUGAAAGACCAUCCCUUUUUCGUCGGAGUGCAAUUCCACCCAGAAUACCUGAGUCGCGUCCUUCGACCAAGCCCGCCUUAUUUAGGCUUUGUGGCUGCCAGUGCUGGUGUCCUUGACAAAGUGACUGCUGAGACGCUGGCGAAAAAUAAAUCCCAGCAGCAGCAACGCCGCGAUAGCGUCAACGGCAUAUCUCAUGUUCAGAACGGGAUUUUGACGAAUGGAGUUGACGCUUCACACUCUGCAUCUGGAUUAUGA